AUGGAACCGGGCAAAAGACACGCAAUUGAUCUGGAGUCAGUCGAAAUGAGAAUUAAUGAAAAUUCCUCAGAUGACGGUAUUGAAUGCUAUACACGCGCUACGGAUCAAACUGGUGAUGGCUUCCUACUUGUUGUGAUUACCCUGGUGCAACAGUCGUGGCUCGGAAAAUAUAGCCGUCGUGGUAUCUGUAUAGACGAUACCUUCAAUCUUACAAGAUACUCUUUACGACUGGCGACGGUAAUUGUCGCAGACCAGUACGAUAUGGGCCUUCCAGGCGCUUAUCUGUUAUCAAACAGGAUGACCGAAGAUGAAGUCUACAAGCUAUUCGUCACAAUCAAAGGCAAGGUCCCAAACUUUGAUCCGAAAUUAUUCACGACGGAUGACACGAAUAGCUUUUACAAUGGUUUCUUGCGUGCCUUUCCGUCUUCUUUCUGUCUAAAAGUGUCUUCCGUGCUUUUUUUUGCAGAGGUCAUCUCAAAAGAAAAAAAACCAUCAAAAUGGAACAGGAACCUCUGCCCAUAUAUUCACCAGAUGAGCUCAAUUUCUGCACGAUAUGCUUCAGACGAGACCUAA